GGCGCGAGCCGCGGCUCUGGAUGCCGGGGACCGGGCCGCAGCUGCGAGGCUAGAUUCAACCCCGCGGGCCUAGGGUCUGGAGAGGGAUCCGCGGGUGCAGGAGAAGGCGGGACAAGGGAUGCCUUUCUGCUGCGCUUUCUCUUGGCAUUCAUGAGGUUGCCUAGCUGCGCUUUAGAGAGAUUUGUAUUAGCUCGGAGUCCGUCUGACAAGUGAGGAAACUGAGGGCGAGAAUUUGAAGGCGUAGCCAUCUCCUGGGCCACGCAACCUGCUAAGGGAAGGCCGGGGACCAAAACCGCGGGGUCUGCAUUCCCAGGCCCGCUGGGGUCGAUGCGCGUGGGGAGCAAGAGCCCGGCUGCGUCCACUGCACCCUAUUGCACCCCUCGCCGCUGCAGGAGGCUCCUUGGAGGAGGAGCUCGGGACGCGGAGGAGGAGCCAGGGCAGACUCUGGGAGCUGGGACACGAUACUCCGGGAUAAGAGGCAGAGCCCGGGAGGAACCCCGUCAGCCGAGCGGGCAGAAAGCUCCGGGAGCAGCAUUAUGGAAGAGAAACAGAUUCUGUGCGUGGGACUGGUGGCGCUGGACAUCAUCAGUGUGAUGGACAAAUACCCGGAGGAGGACACGGACAGCAGGUGCUUGUCCCAGAGAUGGCAGCGUGGAGGCAACGCAUCCAACUCCUGCACUGUCCUCUCCCUGCUUGGAGCCCCCUGUGCCUUCAUGGGCUCGCUGGCCCCGGGCCACGUUGCCGACUUCCUGGUGGCUGACUUCAGGCAGCGGGGCGUGGACGUGUCUCAGGUGGCCUGGCAGAGUAGCGGGGAAGCCCCGUGCUCUUGCUGCAUCGUCAACAGCUCCAAUGGCUCCCGUACCAUUGUGCUCUACGACACGAACCUACCAGAUGUGUCUGCUAAAGACUUUGAGAAGGUUGACCUGACCCGGUUCAAGUGGAUCCACAUUGAGGGCCGGAAUGCAUCGGAGCAGGUGAAGAUGCUGCAGCGGAUAGAACAGCACAACGCCAGGCAGCCUCCGGAGCAGAAGAUCCAGGUGUCUGUGGAGGUGGAGAAGCCGCGAGAGGAGCUGUACCAGCUGUUAGGCUACGGAGACGUGGUGUUUGUCAGCAAAGAUGUGGCCAAGCACUUUGGGUUCCAGUCAGCGGAGGAGGCCCUGAGGGGCCUGUACGGUCGCGUGAGGAAGGGGGCUACGCUGGUCUGUGCCUGGGCUGAGGAGGGUGCCGAUGCCCUGGGCCCUGAUGGACGGCUGCUCCACUCCGACGCUUUCCCACCGCCCCAGGUGGUGGACACUCUGGGGGCCGGAGACACCUUCAACGCGUCCGUCAUCUUCAGCCUGUCCCAGGGGAAGAGCAUGCAGGAGGCACUGAGCUUUGGCUGCCAGGUGGCGGGCAAGAAGUGUGGUCUGCAGGGCUUCGAUGGCAUCGUGUGAGGGCCCUGUGGCAGGAAGCACCGGCUCACACCCCACCCCAGGCCAGCAUCACUGGCUGCCGUUGCCCUCUCUUCUCUGGCCAGCUGGCAUCAGGCUGCCUUGCCCCCUGGGCGGAUGCAGGCCGUGGGAGGGCUCCACCUGUGACCUGGCAUCUCACAUGGCAGAGCUGCAGAGCAAAUAAAUCUUCCCCAGAGCCA